AUGCGCUCAUCGCGGAUAUCAAAGGAUAGUUCUAAACUAUUCGAUCGCAUUACAGAAUCUACUUCACCACCGAGACGAGUUACUAGAUCUGCACUUGCCAAAUUCGCAUUUGUCUCUCCGGAAGAGUCCAAACCGGCGCUCGGCGAUAUUGAAGAUAUUGGAGGCCCUGCUCGGAAGCGAAGACGAGUAACAGCAAAGACUGAAGUUUCAACAUCUCCCCAAGCCGUGAAGUCCGAAUUGGUCGACGAAGCCCUCGAUGGCAUUCCAUCGCCACCAGCAAAGGCGCGCCGUGUUCGCAAACCCGCCCGCAAAGCCGUCGAUGCGACAACAGGUGCAACAAAGAUAGAGCCGCCGUCGGAUUGGGAGGCCAUCUACGAUACUGUGAGAAAGAUGCGGGCGCCUGGCGGACGAGCGCAUGGCGCAGCCGUUGACACCAUGGGAUGCGAACGGUUGGCAGAUCGAAGCGCAUCACCGAAAGACCAAAGAUUCCAUACAUUGAUAGCGCUCAUGCUAUCGAGUCAAACUAAAGACACGGUAAAUGCCGUUGUCAUGAGGAAGAUGCAAACUGAGCUGCCACCGUUCGAGCCCGGAGCGCCCCCGGGAUUAAACCUAAAUAAUAUACUGGCGAUCGACCCCAAACUUUUGAACGAGUUUAUCUGGGCGGUGGGCUUUCACAACAACAAAACAAAGUUUGUGUUGCCCGAUCAGUAUAUCAAGCAAGCGGCUGAGAUACUCCGCGAUAAAUGGGACGGCGACAUCCCUGACACACUCGAAGGCCUCGUAUCGCUACCGGGCGUGGGGCCCAAGAUGGCAUUCCUCUGCUUGUCAGUGGCCUGGGGCAAAACUCUGGGCAUUGGUGUUGAUGUACAUGUCCAUCGUAUCACGAACCUCUGGGGUUGGCACAAAACUAAGAAUCCAGAGGAGACACGCACAACACUACAAUCGUGGCUUCCACAAGACCGAUGGCACGAGAUCAACCAUCUUCUUGUGGGGUUGGGCCAGUCUGUAUGCCUCCCAGUUGGCCGCAAAUGCGGCGAAUGCGAUCUUGGACUCGAGGGACUAUGCAAAGCGGCAGAUCGAGCAAAGGUGUCGGCGGGACGUAAACUCAAAGCGGAAGGGAAAAAGUUGGAGGCUCAAAACGGUGCAGCAGUCAAAACGGAGGCUGCACCUACACAUGCACCUGCAGGUGCACCAGACAUCACAGUGAAAGAAGAGGGUGUUGCAUAA